AUGAUGCCCUCCACUCUUCUCACAGCCGCAACCGACAUCUUCGUUAUCGCUGGGGCCGCUGCCGUGGCCGCCGCCGCCCUCAACCCCAAAAAGGCUCCCUUCAGGACCUCUCUCGGCACCGAGCAUGAUGACGAUUCGCUAAUUGCAGCGGAAACCAAUGACGCUGUCAGCACACCAGAACAGCAACAAUCACCUCUUGAGAAACAUGCGGACGACGACAAGAAAGCGCCCACUGUGACCAUCAGUGAAGUAGCUGUCACGCCCGUGGCGGAGAUGCAAGGGGGUGAUUUCUUUGCAUGCGCAAAGGCCGCAUAG